UCAGGGGCAUGAGGAAAACUUCGAUCGCUCCACCCGACUCGAUUGAUUUACAGCAAAUGUGUGUUAGCGUUUAUUAGUAGAUGUGACCGUUUCGACAAAUGACAAAAAUGCAUGAGUCAUAUUUCUUUGGUUGCAUUAAAGAGGGAGAGGUUCUAUAACAAUUUCACCAAUAAGACCCACAUUCCAGCUGUGCGCCUUCUUGUCAGCAAUGCGCAGUACGCCGCACAUGUUUUAUUAUGGCGCAAAUGUAAGCAUACCGAAUUGAUGGUGUCUUCGAAAAUAAUAUUGUUAUGUUAUAAAACUGAUAAAUGUUGCAUACUUCUGUAGUGCAACGAUCUUAUUGUGGUUCGCUUCGGCAAAAGUUAAAAUAUUACAUGCGUGCUGUUGUCAGUAACGGCAACGGCCAAACGUUAAGGAACUUUUAAUGCGAACCGUAUGCAUUGGCUUCAAGCAACAAAUAUUCGCGAAGAGAUGCCGUUGAGUCAAAUAAAUCAAAGUAAUUUCAUCAAUACGAGUGAGAGCGUGAAUCCUGGUACUGAAGUAGCUACGAUUCGUUAUACUGCUCCACCUUCGUAUCAUAACAUUAUUUUACCUCUUGGACAUCCGUCUACUUUAACUGCUGAUCGUGGUGCACCUCCUUCUUACGAGGAAGCUAUAGAUCCAAAUGCUCCUCCACCAUCCUAUGAUUCGUUGUUUGGUCGUAUGAGGGAAGCUCAUAAAGUUUCCAAAGGAGUGUUUGAUUUUUUGAUAAAUGUUAUCGUCUUACUUUUAGGCACCAUUGGAUGUACCAUUAUCUUAGGAGUAACAAUGGCAGUUCCAAUAUGCAUGAUGGUAAUUGGAGGACUUUAUCUAUAUGAUUGCCCACAAGGAGAAUAUAUUCCUGUUUAUUUAUUAGUGGGUGGUGGUUUCGGUGUCUUCAAACAGUUAUUACACUUGUCUGCGAAAGUACGUCAACGUCAAGAGGAACGAGAUGAAGAAAGAAUACGACAAUCGCCUACACAAACAUUAAUAAACUGUUUUAUGCUUGGGUGGUUCAUUAUAGGUUCAAUGUGGGUGUACAAAGAGUAUGAACCAAACUAUGAUCCAGCUCUUGGAAAAUACUGUAAUAAGACAUUAUACUUAUUUGCCUUUUGGCUAAUCACAUCAGUUUACAUAUGCUUGGGAGUGAUAACAGCUGGACUUUGCAGCAUUUCAGUAGCAAGCAUUGUGUUUCAGAGACCACCACCUGAUCUAAUGUGAAACGAUACGAUCUCAUUUUACAGAAAUAGUCAUUUACAAGAUUUAUUAUUUUGGGAUCAAAACGAAAACGAAAAAAAAAAUAUGAAAGAACUGUCUGUGGAUAUUAAGUCACGUCAUAACAGGGCACAAAAUUUCGUCCACGCUUACGUACCUGAGAUGCUUGAAAACAACAAUCUACGAACGGAUGAUUUGCACAUUAAACGCACAUACAAUGCACUCGAGUCUCAUAUAAUUUAAUGUUUGUAAUUGUUCGUAGAGACAUCUCUUCAUUUUUUAAACAUACUUUAUUUGUUCAAUGUAUUAUAUUUUUUUGCUAUUAAUUAAACGUCGAUUAAA